AUGCCUCACUUGAGGGAAUUGCUCAAGAAAAAAGACAGGAUAGACAACGAGGUCGCACAACAGGACAGUACAGCCGCUCUGCCUCAGGCGAACGAAUUCACCUUUUUGCGCACAGACACACAUACGGAGGAAUACAUCAAGCCUCCAUCGUUCGCGGACAGCGACCGAACCGGUGUUGAAUCUGCUGAGCCUAGAAGCCCUCCCACGUCGAGACGGUCUUUCAGUCGCUUCCGCAAGAGCCCCAGUCCUGGUGGUACGGAUGUGCAAUCCCCCGGGAAAGAGAGGAAACGACUGUCAGAGCGAUUGCAUCUGCAUCGAGACCGGACUGCUAGUACCAGCUCAGCCAAUCUACCGUCCGAUCUUCCUGACCUAGCCGACACUUACACUGACUCUUCUGACCGUCAAGACACCGAGGCGAAAUGGGAACAGCGUGCAACCAUGCUGGCUAGCAAAAGCCCCAUAAUACCCGCCAACCAGUCGGCCGGCGAUCUGAAUUAUUUCAGCCUUGCGAGUCCUGCGGCACAUUCUCCAGUCCGGACUCCAAGCGUCAACGACCCUGAGAGCGACAUCGACAUCCAGAAGGCCAUUGAGCUACAUGAGUCAGGCCAGCCAGGUGACCUGGAGGCAGCAACCGAGAUGUUCCGCAAGCUCGCAGAACGCGGAAAUGUUCUAUCCCAGGUGCUGUAUGGACUGUCUCUGCGCCACGGUUGGGGAUGCCAGCCUGAUCCGGCCAAGGCCAUCACCUAUCUGUCAGCGGCAGCAUCAAACUCGGCCACUAUCGAGUCGGACGCUCUCAAUGCCGGCAUGAAGAAAGGAGGCGCCGCCAAAGGAGAGCUUGUUCUUGCGAUUUUUGAGUUGGCAAACUGCUUCAGAAAUGGCUGGGGAGUCCCCGUCGACAAAGUUGCCGCAAGGCAUUAUUACGAGACGGCAGCAAAUCUAGGAGACACGGACGCCAUGAAUGAGGCUGCUUGGUGCUACCUGGAAGGAUUUGGGGGCAAGAAGGACAAGAAGGCGGCAGCAGCCCCCAACUGA